AUGUGCUACGGUAAUGAUCACAAGGACCCGAAAGUGCGAGAAGCGUAUGAAACGUUCUACACUGUGGCCUGUGUUCCUUUCUUGCCCGUCUCGCUCACCGCUGUUGCAUUCGAGGCUGCUAUUGGAGGCUUGCCGCGACGUGAGCGGAAUAUUCUAUCGGGAUAUCUCCACCGAAAGUACGGAUUGGGGAAGCAGGUCGGCCCAGCCGUCUUGAACCUGCGGGCGAGGGUUAUGUCCUCUAGAGGGAGGACGAAUAACGCACAGGAAGGGUUCCACAUGGGAUGGGGUCGGAGGUUCGCGAAGACCUCCCGUCCCCACCUGUGGGUCUGGGUGGAUGCGGUAAGGCGGAUCAUCAGCGAAGUAUAUGCUGACGCUGUCAUGUAUGAUCGCGGUGACGCAUGGUAUCGGAAGCCUGAAUACGUUGCGCUUGACGCCAGGCUGCAAAUUCUUUGCGGCCGUCCGGUUGACGAACCUGAUCUCCAUGAAUGGUUCAAGCUCGCCCGUGGAGUCGUCAGGGGAGCAGUCAAGCACGCUGCUCAGUGCAAUAACGACGAUGUCGACAUCAACUCCGAUGACGAUGAUGAUGAUGAUGAUGAUGAUGAUGAUGGUAGUGCAGAGCAGGAGUUCAGCUACGGUGACGAUAUGAAGCCUAGCCAGAACAGCUCCACUCAAGUUGGAGGCGAUCAUUCUUCGCACUGCCCGGGGAAGCGUCAGCGGGUGGAUAUUACCAGUCAGGAUGUGACACUUGAGUCCCGCGCACCGGUGUCCCCUGAUGACGAACCUCCUCAGCCUUCUGUAUAUUCUGAUGCUGGUCUAUCCUCUUCAAUCGUGGACUUGUUUCACAAGACUGCUAACCACCGUUCCCAACCAUCACCAAGCGCAUCGACCGGUAAGGUUGAAGCUGCAUCCCAAGGAUCGGUGCCUCAGCGGCCGAAGCCGAACUCUCAGUGUUCGGCGGAGGAACCCAAUGCAUCAACAGAGGAGCUCGAUGGAUCGCCUGAGUGUAGGCCAUCGUCCUCAACCGCGUCGCCUAACUGGUUGGUGCAUGAUACUCUACUUGGCGAGUUCCGUCUCACUGUGCUGGAUCGUCACGACUUAGCUUCACCUUGUACCGAAAUUUCCGACAUGGCUGUUGGUACCUGGAUGGCCCUACUGUGUACUAGGUGCUUAUGUUUGCUGCAGUUUCCUCCGAUAACUCCAGCAUCAUUAGAGGUUAUGAAAACACAGCUUGAGGGCAUUCCGAAAGCUCCUAGCCUCAGCAAUGCACCCUUGAUCAUCCAACCCUUAUACGACUAUGGAGCUAAGCAUUUUGCCCUCGCUGUCAGGAAUCACGAGGGACUAGUGCUAUAUCUCGAUAGCGCACUGGGUAUGAACGCGAUUCCUGGACCUAUGCGUGAAGUGAUGACCGCUAUCUUCGGCAAAGGUACAAAGUGCGUAUGUUUGCGCACACAACAGCAGACACCCGGAUCUGCAAACUGCGGCCUCUUCACAUUGGCGUGGGCGACAGAGUACGCCCUCCAACGAGCGACUGUCGAUCCGGAGAAGGCCACUUACGAUGAGGAAAAAAUGCGGGAUCAUGCGGUUCGUUGUCUGCAGGAGAAGAGAUUAAAGCCAUUCCCACGAAAACGCGGAAGGCCCGGCAAAAACAACCGUCUUCAGGGCCGGAUGGAUAUCGAGCUAUGCGAAUAUUACACAGUUGUACUCGAACAGAACUCCCUAGUAGUAAAGUCAUAUGAGCUGCGCUGCUACGCUAAGUAUGAGGUUGAAAAGAAGGGACAUUGCCGCGAUAACUGCACUCGUAAUGCUCACUAG